AUGAAUUUCACGUGGACCUUGGAGCCCGGCGCCCCGAGGUACUUCCACCACGCGCGGUCGAGCGUGGGAGAGGCUGAGCUCGAGAUCACGUCCGUCGUCUUGCUCGCCGCCGCCGCCGGAAGCGCACGAGUUCGUCUUCGCGUUCGAUACGAGCACGGCGAAUCGAUGGUCGUCGCGACGCUCACGCCGGGCGAGACGGAAUCAACGUGCGUCUACGCGCGAAUCGCGAGCGGUGACGCGCGGUUCUCGGUCGAGGGUGGGGUGGUGGAGGUGUCGGGACGCGUGCUCGCGUCGUUCGCCGCGGCGUCGAGCGACGACGACGACGACGACGAAGCCGCGUCGAGCGACGACGAGGGAUUACGCGUGGGCGAAGGAAGCGAUGAAUCGUGGGGGUCGGACGUGGAAGCGACGAGGGAGACGGUGAUCGAGGCGACGGCUGGGGUGAGCGAGGGAGCGGCUUCGCGAGAGGCUGCCGCGCGCGCGGUCGCGACGACGAGCGGACGAUGGAGAACUUUGGAUGAAAUUCGGAAUACGCUCGAGUGGUGGGACGCCGCGAAGGGAGGCGACGAGCGCGCGUUUCACGUUCAAAAUCCGGGGGCGAGACGAAGCUCGAGAUCGAGGGAGAUGCCAAAGUUUGCGUGGACCGGGAAACUGCGACCGCGAGAGACGACGGCCAAGCGAUCGUACCCGAGCGGACUUCAACCGCCAGAUUACGCCGUCUCGGGCUGGCCGGACGAGGAGUUUGGGUCGAGGUAUCAAAGCGUCAUCGAGGUCAAACCGCACUCGGCUCGCGACGGCAUGCGCGCGGCGUGCUCGUUAGCAAGACACGUGAUGGAUACCGUCGCGUGGGCGAUCGAGCCCGGCGUGACGACGGACGAACUCGAUAGAAUAUGUCACGCCGUAACGGUGGGAAACGGGGCGUAUCCGUCACCGUUGAAUUACAUGGGAUUUCCAAAGUCUCUGUGUACAUCGGUGAACGAAGUCGUGUGUCAUGGGAUACCGGACGCGAGACCGCUCGAGGAGGGAGACAUCAUAAACUUGGACGUCACCGUUCGUCUGAACGGGUACCACGGCGAUCUCAACGAGACGUACUACGUCGGUAAGGGUGGAGCGAGGUCGAAAUCGGCACAAGCUCUGAUGGACUGCACGCGAGGCGCGCUGGAGAAGGCUAUCGCAUAUUGUCGACCGGGAAGACGUUUCAGGGACUUGGGCGAGAUCAUCGCUCGGGAAGCGGAUCGAGGGGGCUACGCGAGCGUCAAGGACUUUUGUGGACACGGUAUCGGCGAGUUAUUUCAUUGCGCUCCGAACGUGCCGCACUACGCUCGAAAUAAAGCUAUUGGAGUCAUGAAAGAGGGAAUGACGUUCACCAUUGAACCGAUGUUCAACGAGUCAUCAUCGCACAAAGUUGUUCACUGGCCGGAUGGAUGGACCGCGGUGACGACGAAUGGUGCUCGCAGCGCGCAAUACGAGCACACCCUGCUCAUCACCUCCGACGGCGUCGAGGUGCUCACGGCGCGCACGAAGAAUAGUCGACCGUUCAUCAUUUAG